AUGUAACAUUAUAUAACACUCAUUAUAUAACGCUGUCUAUAAAAAUGAAUACAUGUUUCAUGCAGACAGCCUAUAUGUAUCGUUUCCUUACUGUCGUCUCGUGUUUACAAUACACCACCAGAACGAGUGUUACUUGGAGCGAAUCAAAGAUCUGGUCAUAUAUUUACUUUUUCAGCACUUAAUUGACUUGUGGUAUCGCCAACCUUGAUUGAAUUGAUCACAUCACCUGCGGCAUUUAACAAUAUUUACUGGUAUACCAAUAGGACACAUUUUACGUACGGCACUUUUACAUCUGAGAUUUUCUUAAUCUUUGUACUAUAAAAUUGGAUAGCUGUUCAUAUUUCAUUUUAUAACGUAACAGGAUGCGUUAGGUCACUGACUUUUGUUUAGAAUGGCAUCUGAUGCGAUGAUGUAACCGGAAGAAUCUGAAUGGGGGUUCCCCAUUUUCACAUAUGAUAGAAUAUCCUUGUUUAUGCAUGACAUUGGAAGGAGCACCGGACGCAAUGUCGAAACCGGAAGGACCUAAACUUGGGUUUCCCUAAUUCCACGUAGGAGGAAAUAUUCUUGUAAUUGUUCGAAGACAUGUUGACAGCAUGACCUAAGGCGUUGGGAAGGAGAUUGGUACACAGAUCCGGCGACAUUGUGCUGUACACCAAAUUGUCCAGAAUAAUCUCUCUCUGGUAUAGUUUGUGUGGCCGCGUGCAUGUUUACAAGCCACCAUGGAGGAGAGUGAACCGCUUAUAAGUGAACCCUCUAUCAGACGCAGACCACGUCAUUUAUAUAUUGCCGUAACUCUUCUGUUGCUAUCCCUUGCAAUGGAACUUUACGGACUGUUCAUGACACAGUACGUCUACAAAAGUACAGCGGAUAGACUAUUUCCUAACUCUUUCACGUUUAACAACAGACACAUAUCUGUGUGCAGUGAAAACAAGACGUCGGAGAGUUAUCGAGAGAGGACGGCCGUACAGCAGACGACAGCCAAGUGGGACAUGUACAAGUCUUUAGCGGAGGCGGUACCAGCCGUCCUCACGAACAGUGUCCUUGGCUCGUUUAGUGACAGGUAUGGACGAAGAAAAGCCCUGGCAGCUAACCUUACUCUUACCUUACUCGGUAUUGCACUCACAACUAUUGGGGUGUUAUGUUCAUUUAAUAUCUACCUCUUUGUACUUUUUGCUGCCAUAAACAACAUGGCCGGAGGGAUUUAUGGCGCGUUGUCUAUUGGAUUUGCAUAUGUUUCGGAUAUAUCUGAAGCAGGAAAGCCCAGGGGAUUGCUAAUCACCUGGUUGGAGGCAUCUAUUGGACUUGGAAUGACUGUGUCAGGACUGGUCUCUGGAUAUAUCAUUGAGCAGUUUGGCUACUUCUAUACCAGUCUUUCUGCAUGUGUAAUAUUGCUUGUUGCAGUACUUGUGGUGGUGUUUCUUUUGCCUGAAUCUCUACCCAACAUCACGAACUACACCAGAAACACCACAAUACAAUCAUACACAGACAAUAGUACCACCGCUAGUACCAACAGUACUUAUGCUGGUGACAGUACCAACAGCACCGAUACGGCCGCUAGCAACAACCGCACAAAUACCGUUGACAGAAGAACAAACCGUGGAGCGAUAUAUAUAUGUGAAGCGGCAAAGGCAGCAUUUGAGUUCUACUUCCGGCCCUCCAAUCAAAGAUUCGCAUACAUCAUGUGUGGCGUCAUAUUUGUAUUGGCGUGUUUUUCAAAACUGGGAAAGAGUAGAAUUGAGAUCUUGUAUGCACUUAACACUCCUUUUUGUUGGUCUCCAGUUAAGAUAGGACAUUUUACCUCGCUUACAGUCGCCUCUACUAUGUUUGUCGGUAUAGCAGCCAUCAAACUACUGCAACGGUUCUUUGCAGAAGAAGUCAUCGCCAUUUUUAGCGCAAUUUCUAAUGCUACAUCCUGUAUUUUAGAGGCGUUUGCAUUCAACGAUCUGACUAUGUUUCUAGUACCAUUAUUUGCUGUGCUGAGUGUACUUGCAAUUCCCAUGAUGAGAGCUAUCCUGUCAAAAAUGACGCCCCCUCACAAACAAGGUGCUUUGUUUGCGGGAAUCGCUGUGAUGGAGAUAUGUGUCAGUGUGAUAGCCAAUGUCGGCCUGAAGAUCAUCUACAUACACACCAUUCAGUCGUUCCGAGGAACGGUAUUCCUUGUGUACGCUGCGUUCUCUGUACUCUCCAUAGGCCUCUUGAUAGUUUCCCGCUAUACAGUCAGACGGUAGGAGGAGGGCCUGGCGAAUACUGGUUCAAUCCUGAAGAAGACACUAUGCAGAGGAGGAGUGGUCUAUACCCCUUAACUGUGUCUCUUAGAA